AUGACUUUGGAGUGCGUGAGGAAACAAACUGAGAUGCUAAAUGUUUCUUUGCUCAAACAUAAAUUAAUAUUUUCCGUCUCUUCUUGUUCCUUAAUAAAGCAAUCACCUCCAUUCUGGUAUGGUGGGGUUCCCGGCAUGCAUGGCAAGCCCGGUUCUCCAGGGUUACCAGGCCGUGACGGACGUGAUGGCCGAGAAGGAGCUAAAGGUGACCAAGGAAGCCCGGGAAAGAUUGGGCCCCAGGGACCUCCUGGAGUAAUGGGUCCUGCUGGAGUAAAUGGAAAAGAUGGUGCUAAAGGAGAUCCUGGUGUACAGGGCCCACCAGGUCCAAAAGGAGAGCGUGGAAAAAGUGGACAUCCUGGGAACCCAGGUCUGAUGCCUUUUAAGAACUGGAAAGAGUGCGCAUGGAAGGACAUUCACAGUGGUGAACAAAACGGUUUAAUAAAGGUAAAGUUACAAGAACUCUUAUUUUCUUCUAAAUUGCUUGGUCCCCAUUUAUCUUUUCUGCUUUUAUCUUAUGAUACCAAAUCGAUUUAACCAUUCUAUAUUUAUUUCUGACAUAUUUAGGACUGUGUCUUCACAAAGAACUUCUCUGACACCGCUCUUCAUGUGGCCUGGACCGGUGCCCUUAGAAACCACAAGUGUACAUCCUGUUGCAAACGCUGGUACUUCACUUUCAACGGCGCAGAAUGUUCAGCUCCCUUACCUAUUGACGGUAUUGUGUACAUGUGGCAAGGCAACACUCAAGAUCUUCACCGCGUUCGCCAUAUUGAAGGGCACUGCAACAACAUCCACAAAGGAAAGGUGCGCGUUGGAUUCAGGGUUGGUAAUUGUCGAGCGGGAUCACCCGGCGACGCCUACACUGGUUGGUACUCUGUGUCCCGGAUCUUCAUUGAAGAAGUCCCUAAGGCUCAGGCCUAAAUGCCGAGACUAAACAUCCAUUUUGCUAAGAUAAACAUUAUCGCUUCCAGCCAGUUCUACAGAUUACUAGGAGGUCG